AUGCCUCACUGUCCAUCAUGCGGAAAAGUCCUCAAGGACCAUACAUCUGUUGCUCGUCAUAUGAGCCAGCCCCGGUCUGGCUGCAACACCUGGCUGGACGAUAUUAUCAAGCUCAAUACCAUAAUUCCGCCCACUGACGAUCAUCCCAUGGACCCAAUGGACAAUAAUGGACUACCUAUGCCUUAUUAUGAGCCAGGACUCGGAGAUGAGGACAAUACAUACGUCUUUCAUGGUCAAGAAGAGGACAUCACGCUGGAAGCGCAUGAUGGAAUUCGGGACCAGGGCAAAGAUGCAAAUACUGAAGUCACGGAUUAUUUUCCCAAUUCCCCACUCGCCUAUGAGGACGGCUAUACGUUCUUAGGUUUAUUCGACGCUGACGAAAACAGCGUAUAUCGCAAAACAAAUCUUUAUUUUCCAUUCAGUAGUCGGAGAGACUGGCAGGUUGCCGCAUGGCUACUGCGUUCUGGGUUGAGCAUGGGGAAGAUUGAUUCUUUCCUAUCGCUUGACAUGAUUAAAGAUUUACCCUUGUCAUUUCGCUCGGCCAAAGAACUUCGAGGUCGAGCAGAAAUGCUACCCAGUGGUCCACGUUGGAAGUCCCAAAUCAUUCCUACGUCGCAUCCUACUAAGUCACCCGUAAUUCUCUAUUGGCGCGACCCACUGGAGUGCAUCGCAAGUAUCUUCAACCACCCGUUAUUUCACAAUCGUAUGGACUUCACACCUCGCAAGGUGUACACCACUGCGGAGAGGCUGUGUUGCAUCUAUACUGAAUGGAUGACAGGAAAUGAUGCUUGGGACAUGCAAUCGGCAAUACCACGCGGCGCAACUCUUCUCGGUACUAUCCUGUCAUCCGACAAAACGAACAUUACUGCCUUGACAGGCGAUCGUGUAGCUCAUCCACUUCUUAUUAGCUUGGCCAAUAUACAUAUGAAUACACGACUCAAAUCUUCAUCAAGUUCUUUCGUUCUCACUGCCUUACUGCCGGUCCCAAAGUUUAUUCAUAAGAAGAAGCGGAUGAAAGGUGUAUUGGAGGAUCGCCUCAUACACCAAUGUCUAGACAUUGUUCUCGAACCACUCAAGCAGGCUGCUCGAAAGGGCAUCAUGUUAUCUGACCCCAUUGGGCAGAUGACCAUGGCGAUGUACAAGCACUUUGGGGAUGACUUCCAGCAUGAACCCCGCAUGAAAUUGACGACUCUUGCGCAGCUUGCCGUUGUCCGCUCACAUGCCGAUCCCCUUGACCUCGAGGCUUUUUUCCGUGAAGCGCAGAAGUUUCGUCUGAAUGGUGUUGCCGAACCGUUCUUUCGGGACUGGAUACUUGCAGAGCCCUCCCAUUUCUUUACACCAGAAUCCCUACACCACUUGCAUAAGGAAUUUUUCGACCACGAUGCACAAUGGCUCAUCUGUGCUGUUGGAGAAUCCGAGAUCAAUUUCCGAUUUUCUGUCUUACAGCCCACCACUGGUUAUCGUCACUUUCCUGGAGGCAUCUCGAAGCUUAAACAGGUCACCGGUCGCUGUCAACGAGACAUGCAGCGAUAUAUCAUUGCAGUGUGCGCAGACGCAGCAUCUGCACGUAUCAUCACUGCCUUACGUGCGCUCAUGCAAUUCCGUUAUCUCGUUCAGUCGCCACGCCUUGAUGACGACGAUCUCAAGCGCAUCUCGGGCGCAUUGCAUGAGUUCCAUGCAAACAAGGAUGCGAUUAUUGAUGCUGGGGCUCGCCGGGGGAAGGGCAAUAGACCCAUCACUCACUGGCAUAUUCCCAAGUUAGAACUUAUGCAGAAUGUUGUUCCCAGUAUCCGUACAUCUGGCGUCACAAGACAGUGGUCCGCGGAUGUUACUGAACACGCUCAUAUCACCGAAAUCAAAGACCCGGCGAGGUCUAGCAAUAAUAACAACUACGAUCCUCAGAUAUGUCGACACCUGGACCGUGCAGACAAGUGUCGUCGGUUUGAGCUCGCUACGAGCCUUUUAGAUUGCGAACAGUGUGCUGAGGAGCCGGAGGAUGUGGACCCUGACGUUGAUGAUGACAUUGACACACAUGACAUUUCCCCUGAACCACAGCAGCCUGGACAUAUCCGUCCAAUCACAAACUAUUUCGCUAUCGCCAGAGCUCUCCGGUGCAGAGACGAGGGUUCAGUUCCUGUUCCAUUGCGCUCAUUUAGUGUUGGAUGCACAGCCUUUAAUCUUGGGUAUGAUCCGUCCAUCAGGAGUAUCACCGUCGAUGAAGUCACUGUGAAAUUUGGCUUACCUGAUCUGCGACCGGCCAUUGCUGACUUCCUCCAGCGUGAGGCUACUCAUGGACAUCAGCAUAUUCAUGCCAUAGGUGGCCCAAGGAGAGCUGGACCUACGGCUGACCUUCCUUUCGACAAAAUUCAAGUCUGGUUCAAGAUUCGCUUGCAAGAGACAGACAUUCACGACACUCAUACCAUCAAACCUGCUCAGACACUUAAUUGUGCUCCGCCCAGUGGUCCCUGGACCCUGGAUCGUUAUGACACAGUCAUCGUGGAGACAACUGCGGGCUAUUCAUGGCCCAGUAGUCGUCUCUCAGGCGAGUUUUCUGUCUCGUGUCACACCAUCACUCAGAUCAGGCUUAUCAUGCGGCCUAUUGGUAAGAGUGGCACGCAAUGGUCAUGGCAAGAUCGAUUUCUCACCUAUGUUCAACGCCUUGACUUAUCGAAUGAUCGCGAUGCAAAUACACAACUGCACCUGCUCAAGCGGGCAAAACGUUCGAAUGGAGAUCGGAUGGGGGACAUUAUACCCCUCUCUCAACUGAGGGCGCCCGUUAAUCUGGUCCCUCGUUUUGGAGUCAUUGCGGAUAAGCGCCUCACCGCACAUAAUAGUAUGGAACAUGCCGCGGAGUUUUGGUUGAAUGAGUUUUGGGAAAAAAGCACCUUCUUCGCCCUAUCAGCAUAG